GACAGUAUUGUGAUAUACUAUUGUUUUCAUCCAGUAUUGUUCCAAGUUUCUUGUUUUUGCUUUGAUUGUGUCCACUUGGCCAACAUUGUGCAUUCAGAAUUGCUUUCCGACAGUUAACUGUUACUGCCCAAUUCUGCAUCAGUCUCUUUUGAUUCGGUCAGAUUUCUUUACAUAAUAUCUUUAUUUUUUCAUGGAGAAAUUUGAUAUUUCACACCCAAUAUCAACUACUCUCAAGGGCUCAAAUUACAUACUCUGGGCUCAAAGUAUGUGUAGUUUUUUAAAGGGUCGAAAAUUAUGGCGGUAUAUUACUAGUGACAUUACACUUCCACAGAAGGUUGCUGAUGAGACAAAUAAGUAUGUUGACCGUUUAGAGGAUUAGGAUAGCAAAAAUCAUCAGAUCAUCACUUGGUUUCGCAACAACUCAAUUCCUUCCAUUCACCUUCAAUUUGGACAGUAUGAAACAGCUAAGGAAGUGUGGGAUUUACUUUCAACAAGGUAUACCACUUCUAAUUUAUCUAGUCAAUAUCAAUUGUGGGAAGAGUUACACAAUUUGAAACAAGAACAAGGAGAGUCCGUUACUAGUUUUUAUGUUAACAUGGAGGCUAUUUGGGAUCAACUUGCUCUCUUAGAACCAACUUUCAACGACACUGCUGAUAUUUGGAAGUACAUUGAGUAUCGUGACAAAAUGAGGUUAAUUUAAUUUCUUAUGGCACUUAUUGAUGAUUUUGAACCAUGCAGAGCCUUUUUAUUGCAUCAGUCUCCUUUACUUACCUUGGAUAGUGCUCUCUCACGAUUAUUAUCUGAUGAAACUCGUCUGGGCUUACUUAAGCCUCAACGAGAUAAUAUUGUCGCUAUAGCUAUUAAUAAGUUUCCUUCGAGUAAGAGAGGAUAGAAGCAUUAUCGUCACUACAACAAAUACGAAGAUGCUAUAUAUGAAUGCAGUCUAGUAGAAUGUCACAAAUGCAAGCAAAAAGGCCAUAUUGCUCUUAAUUGUACUACUUCACUACCUCAAAAGUCUGAUAUGUGGAAGACUCAAUCAAAGCCUGAUCAGUCUUCCAAGCCUGUGGUUGCUGCAGCUGCUGCCAAUGAGGAUACCUCAGUCCAUCCUUCGCUUGGAUCCACAGAUGGGACAAAUUCUUGGGAUAGGCCGUAAAGUUGGACAUUUGUUUGAGCUCACCUCCUUGCACAUCCCUUCUAGUUACAUUUCCCAGUUGUGUGCAGUCUUAACAUCUUCCUCUUUACACUUGUGGCAUCUUCAUCUUGGUCAUGCCUCUAUUAGUAAACUUUGUCCUUAAUUCAAAAUGGGUCUCUAGGUUCUGUUAAAGAAGAGUCUUUACAUUGUGUCUCAUGUCAAGUUGCUAAAUAGCCUGCUUUAUCUUUUAAUAAAAGUGAUUCCAUUUC